CGGGCUUCGCUUAAAAUUGUGAACGAACCUUCGUGAUACAGUCCGCCAUUAGAGCUAGCUGGGAAGCCAACCUCAGGAUCGCGGCUUACAGAGAACACCAAAACUCCCACCUUUCUCAUCCAUCCACUCCGCUCCAACCAAAAACAAUUGAGGAAGGAUCUAGGUUAAAUCCUCCUACUAAAUUAUUCAAAUUGGAAUGAAUCUCUUACUGUCAAAAAUACUAAUGUCGAGGAUACUGCUGCACGAGAAAGAAGACCUAAUGCUGUGAACAACUUUCCAGUUGAUUGAGAUGAAAAUGUGCUAGAUUCAUCUUCUUUAAUUAGGAAAGUAGCUUGCAUAUCUACUAACAGUGCUCCAGCUACACAAUGGCUUAUGUGCGAUGGUGUUGGCUUACAUUCCUUCAAAUCUUCAUAAUCAUCUCUUUCUCUCUGCCUGAUGCGGACUUAUCUUUCACUCAUAUACAAGAAGUUGGUAUCAAGGUCUUGAAUGUUGCUCAGGAGCUUCAAAGAGAGACUCUUCCUUUAAAGAUGGGUCAACGUUUUUACAAACUCAAUGGUCUCAAAGAAUCAUCUUGGUAUGAAGUCAAGAUAUCGUAUCCCGCUUCUAUACCUGCUAGUUUUUCCCUUGAUUUGAAGAAAAAUUUAGCUGAGCUGCAAAUGAGAACAAGUAGAAGAUUAUUAAAUACAGAAAAAAUAAUUUUCAAGUUUGACAGCAAGAAAUUGAAUUCCGGUGAGAAUACGGCACUUGUUCUGGUAACUGUGGAACCUGCUGGUAUUGUUGCGAAGCCAAACGUGCAGGAACAAGAACUUGUCUUGUUUAAUAUCAGUUAUCUUGUCAAGGGACAAAAUGUAUCAUUUUAUAUUAGAAAUGAUUGCCCAUUUGAGAUAUGGCCAGCAAUUGCUCCAAAUGUUGGCCAUCCUGUUCUUGCUAAUGGUGGAUUUUUGCUAUCUUCGGGAAAGACUAAGAGGAUCCAAGCUCCUCCCCAAUGGAAUGGGCGCUUUUGGGCAAGAACUGAUUGUGACUUCUCAUCAAAUUUAAACCCUUCUUGUCAAACUGGUGAUUGUCAAGGUUUGUUAUUUUGCAAUGGAACAAUAGGCUUACCUCCCGCCACACUUGUAGAGGUUUCGAUUCAAGAAGAAACUUCCAAACCUAGCUUUUAUGAUGUGAGUCUUGUUGAUGGCUACAACUUGCCUGUGUCAGUAUCUGCAAGGCCAACAAACCCUAAUUGCUUAAUACAAGGUUGCAAAAGAAGUGUUAAUGAUGUGUGCCCUGAAGAGCUUCAAAUUUUAGAUCAAAAAAGAGAUGUCAUUGCAUGCAAGAGUGCAUGCUUGGCUUUCAAUCAAGACAUUUUUUGUUGUAGAGGUUCAUAUCAAAGCCCUGAAAAAUGCAAGCCUAGUAUGUACUCUAAGUUGUUCAAGGAUGCAUGUCCUUCUUAUUUCAGUUAUGCUUACGAUACGCCAACACCACUUAUGAGUUGUUCUUCAAAAGUGUAUGUUAUCACUUUCUGCCCCUCUAAAUGGAGAAAUCUUGAAUCUGUGUAAUAAUACUAAACAUAUAUAAAAUAAAUAUGA